UCUUCAAAAUUUGCACGAAAUGGAAAGAAUCAGAAGAACUUUGCGAGAAAUUUGGUGUCGAAAUCAAAAUGGGAAGCCCAUCUACCAAAUUCCAACAUCACUCCAAAAGUUUUCAUUUAUGGGAAAUGACCUGGACGCGAUUUUCACGUUUUUCACAGAUUUCUUACAAGAAUCUCUCGGCCCACAAUGCAAAAAUCUUCAUCUUCGUCUUAAUCCGCUUCGAAAUUCUUCGAUUUCUCUUAUUUGAUCAUCUGGGACUGUAUCAGUGAAGAAUUUCUCAGUCAUCAAUGGCUUCCAGUAAUAUCUCUUUUAGUUCGCGGCUUCGAUUUCCAUCCGUUUCGCCUAGAAAGAAUUUCGCCGUCGAUUCAUUUGGGCCUCGCGGUUCAUUUAAUUUUGCAUCGAGGUCGAAACACCAGAAGAAUCCACUCAUUCAGAAGGCCAUUAGAUGUAAUUCCACCGCUUCUAAACAACAAGUUGAGAUCGUUUAUGAUGCUGAUGAAAGGAUAAACAAGUUAGCCAACGAAGUGGACCGGAAUGCACCUCUUUCGAGGCUUACUCUGUUUUCACCUUGCAAGAUUAAUGUUUUCUUGAGAAUAACUAAGAAGAGGGAAGAUGGAUAUCAUGAUUUGGCAUCUCUCUUUCACGUGAUAACCUUAGGGGAUACAAUUAAAUUCUCUUUGUCGCCAUUGAAGAAGGAUCGCCUUUCGACCAAUGUAUCGGGGGUACCCCUCGAUGAUAGAAAUUUGGUAAUUAUCAAGGCUCUUAACCUCUACAGGAAAAAGACUGGCUGUGACCAAUUUUUCUGGAUCCAUCUCGACAAAAAGGUACCAACUGGAGCAGGGCUUGGUGGAGGAAGCAGUAAUGCUGCAACUGCACUGUGGGCCGCCAAUCAGUUCAGUGGAUGUCUUGCUACUGAAAAGGAUCUUCAAGAAUGGUCAAGUGAGAUAGGUUCUGAUAUUCCCUUCUUUUUCUCGGAAGGGGCGGCCUUCUGCACUGGGAGAGGUGAGUUCGUGCAGAAUAUUCCUCCUCCGGUACCCUUGGACGUUCCGAUGGUUCUCAUAAAGCCCCAGGAAGCAUGCUCUACAGCAGAAGUUUAUAAGCGCUUACGGUUGGAUCGAACAAGCGAUGUCGAUCCUUUAUCAUUGUUGGAUAAAAUCACAAAGAAUGGAAUAUCACAAGAUGUGUGUAUCAAUGAUUUGGAACCUCCUGCUUUUGAGGUCCUCCCGUCGCUUAAAAGAUUGAAACAGCGUAUAGUCUCAGCCAGCCGUGGAGAGUUUGAUGCCGUUUUCAUGUCCGGGAGUGGUAGCACAAUAGUAGGAAUUGGGUCUCCAGAUCCUCCAGGCUUCAUCUAUAACGACAAUGAAUUCCCGGAUGUGUUUUUGGCAGAGGCCAACUUUCUCACCCGUGAAGCAAAUCAAUGGUAUCGAGAACCCGCUACAGCAUCCGCUUGUAGUCCACGGUCCGAGCAUCGCAAAUCUGCUGCAUAACUGGCUCCUCACUCCUAGGAUGAAAUAGAGGUUCAGCUUAUGAUUCCUGUAGACUGAGACUUCCUGUAUCACUUUAAACUACAUCCAUUGUUAACUUGCAAAUUGAUCCCGAGUUCUCAUUUGUGACCUUAACUGGCUUUAAUCUCGGUCUAGGAAAAAACGAGCGUGAAUAUAAACAUAAUAAUUAAUAAU